CACAACAUGCUAAUUACAAAUAGGCAUAUAAUUUUUCUCUCUCCUACGUACAGUCUUGCAGCCCGUUGAUAUAUCGUCCCUAACUCUUCAUCUCCUUCUGUCGCAAGAGUUGGAUUUUGAGAAGGAAGAACGUCCUGAUGCUUUUCUGAAGCAGUUUGAAAAUCUCAGCAAGAUGGAAUGGUAUGAUCGCAAAGAAGAAGAUGAAGCUCCGAUAUACUUGCCCAGUUCUGAAUAUUUUACACUUUAUCUUCAUCAUUCUGGCAUUUAUAAGGACAAUGUUUAUGAAAAUGGAGUCAUCGAUUAUUUUGAUUUCUGCUGCGCUGAUAGAUUAUCAAAGAUUGAGAUUGAUAACAUGGCAAAAGUAUGUAAUCUAGCUCCAUCAGAGGUGGAAUUAUUUUGGUUUUUACCAAAAGUGGGAUAUGAUGAUGGGAUUAUGAAGAAAUUAGUAACUGAUCAGGAUGUGAUUGAAAUGGCGAUGAAUGCAGGUGAUCACAGGGUUAUACAUGUAUAUGUGGAGGAUUUAAGUGAGAGUAUUUCAAAUAGUGAGGAUACGAUAGGCAGGGAGGUUGAAAGGGAGGAGCACAUUGAAGGUGAAGUGGAAGACAGUGAAGUUAGUGAUGAUGAUUAUGAAGAACUUAUAUAUAGUGACUAUAAAAUCCUAGAUGGAGAGGAUGAUGAAAUCUUUGAACUAUGUGUGGAUAAGGAAGUAGAAAGAGAUAUUUGGAGCCUGGAUAAGGAGAUGGAAGUUGAUUUGAACUCAAGGGAUAAAGUGAGUUCUCCAUCAAUUAAAAAGAGAAAGGUUAAGCAAAGGUAUCCUGAGUUUAAUGAUGAAAAGGAUAUGAAAGAUCCUGAAUUAAGUGUGGGAUGAGGUUCGGGUAUUUUAAAGAGUUCAAGGACGCUUGUAGAAAUUGGUCUAUAAAAAACCUUUUUCAAAUCAAGUUUAGUCCAAAUGAUAAAAAAAGAUGCCAAGCAAUAUGCUCCAAAGGUUGUCCAUGGUAUAUAUGGGCUGCUCCAAUGGUCACCGACCCAUCUACUGUUCAGAUCAAAAGUGUUGAUUUUAUCCAUAAAUGCUCAAAGGAUAUAAAAAUUAAACAUCUCACAUCUAAUUGGCUUGCUCAUACAUAUUGCGAUCAAUUUAGAGUUGAUCCACAUUGGUCUUUAAAAGGUUUCAUUAACAUGGUCAAAGAACAACAGAAGAUAGAGAUUUCGAAAGCAAAAGCAUGGAGGGCUAAGUGUAAAGCUUUGGAUAUCAUUGAUGGUGACGAAACAAGCCAAUAUGCAAUUUUAUAAGAAUAUGUUGAUGAACUCUCAAGGACUAACAUAGGGAGCACUGUGAAGUUGGACUUAGAAAAUAGAGUAUUCAAAGGAGUAUAUAUUUGUUGUGGUGCACUAAAAGAGGGUUUCAAAGCAGAUUGUAGGCCUUUGAUAUGCCUAGAUGGUUGCUUCCUUAAGGGUUUGUAUGGCGGACAACUACUUGCAGCAGUUGGGAUAGGUGCAAAUGAUUGUAGCUAUCCAAUUGCAUAUGUUGUGGUUGAGAGAGAGAGGAAGGUCACAUGGAGGUGGUUUCUAGAAUUACUUGCUGAAGACCUAAACAUUCAGAACAGCAACCAUUGGUGUUUCAUGUCAGAUAGACAAAAGGGACUUAUACCUGCUUUGGAAGAACUAUUUCCAUAUGCUUUCAGGGACUUAUACCUGCUUUGGAAGAACUAUUUCCAUAUGCUGAACAUAGAUUUUGUGUUCAACACAUGAUCAGAAACUUUCAAAAGAUGUUUCGUGGAAAAGAAUUGAAGGACUUGUUGUGGAAAGCUGCGAAAGAAAGUUAUGUGGGUGCAUUUGAGAAGGUAAUGAAACACAUUGCUGAAAAAUCCAAAGAAGCGUAUGAUUGGAUUAACAAGAAGAAUCCGCGGGAAUGGUCAAGAUCCCAUUUCUCAAGUAAUCCUGAGUGUGAUAUGCUUCUGAAUAAUCUAAGCGAGUCAUUCAAUGCUAUGAUUCUACAUGCUAGAGAAAUGGGAAUUGUGAGUAUGUUGGAAGCGAUUAGGACUAAACUAAUGCGAAGAGUUCACCAAAGAAGAGAUUCAAUGAAGAAUGUGCAUGGUAUUUUAUGUCCCAAAAUCCAAAAAAAAACUAGAUAAAGCUAAAGAAACAUGUUUCAUGUUUACACCGGAGUGGUUUGGGGAUUCUAAGUUUCAAGUUUCUGGGUAUGGGAGUGAAUUUGUAGUAGAUAUAGUUGAGCACACUUGCAGCUGCAGAAGGUGGCAAUUAACUUCAAUCCCCUGUGUACAUGGGAUAGUGGCUAUUCACUUCAACAAUGAGUUGCCAGAGAAAUAUGUAGGUGAGUGUUAUCACAUUGAAACACACACUAAGAUCUAUUCUCACUACAUUAGUCCAAUGAAUGGAAGGGAUAUGUGGCCUAAAAGUGAUCAACCUCCUGAUAUCCCACCAAAAGUUGCUAAAGUUAAAAGGGGAAGAAAAGCAAAAUUAAGAAGAAAGGAUCCUGAAGAAUAAACGAGUGUGAAAGCAAAAAGUAGAGUCUCUAAGAGAGGGACUAUUAUCACUUGUAGUAUCUGUGGGGAAAGAGGUCAUAAUAGAAGAGCUCAUGGAAGUGUGAUUCAAAAUGCACCUAAAGUAAAUAGACCACCUAAGUUGUAAGUAAGUUGUUGGUACUAACAAUUCAUGUAUAUAUGUGGCAGUAUCAUUAUUUCAUUGUGUGUUUUGAAUGUGUAUAUUGCAGCCUAGAAGAAUGAAUAGUAACCAUAUAGUUAGUAAUCCAGAAGCUCAACCUUGCAUAUCUAAUUUUUCUCAGUCUCCAGAAUCUGAGCGUACAGAUCAUACAAAUCUCUUACGAACUAAGGAGGGAGAUGUGGUUUUUAAAAAACGAAGAAAAGUUCCACUCCCACAUGGGGUUUUAUUGUCAAAACCGAGAGGGUAUGUGAAGCUUUGUGACUUGGAUAAAUAUACAUUUCAGAAAGAUCCAAGCUUUUUACCUUCUGGUGCUGGUGCUGAUAAGGAGAAAUAAAAGGGCACUACUUUACCAAAUUAAAGAAGAUUAAAUCAAGAUCAAGAGCCCUAGUUUGGGUUUUCAGUUUUGGAUACUUUUUUUCCUGCUAUUUUGUAUUGGUCUAGCUUCAUAUGUGAAGCAUAUCACACUGUUUUUUACACUUGUGGUGUUUUACUGUGACCCUUUUUUGGGUUGAAAUACAUGUUUACUAAUUAGUUCAGUUUCUACAAU